CUGUCGACGUAAGCUCCAACAACACAGAGAUUAAUGGUGGAAGAAGAUGCCGAAAGCCAAAGCCGAAACAAGCAGGAGAACAUUAAGAGCCUCCACAGUACGUGUCCUUUAAUACUUAUUCAUUCAUCUUCUUCUUCCUAACCAACACCAACACCGCCAUCAUCAUCGUCAUCGUCAUUGAUUUCUUUCUCCCGUCGCAUUUCUGCACACACAGCAGCCUGACACCGCCAAAAUUGCCAUUACCUUUCUUCGUCAUCGUUGUCGUCGUCUCUCGUUAUCCAAAAUUAUUUUUAUUUAUUUAACUAUAUAAUUAGCCCUAGCGAUAAUAAGUUCCUUCCAAAAUUUCAGAACUGAAACUCCCUACAUUUCAGCUCUCCCCUAAUUACUGCUUCUCCAUCACGUACGCGUAUUUAAUAGCUGUUAGCGAGGAGCGUGUGCCUGCAAUACCUACCGCCAUACAUAUAUAGGAGUUAUAAUCUCUCGAUCGAAUUGAAGGAAGAAAGCAACCGUGAUCGAUUUGGAUUUUGCGUGAAUGGGGAGAGUGAAGCUGGAAAUUAAGAAGAUCGAGAAUGCAACAAACAGGCAGGUCACUUUCUCCAAGAGGAGAAACGGUUUAAUCAAAAAGGCGUAUGAGCUUUCAGUUCUCUGCGAUGUUGAUAUCGGACUCAUCAUGUUUUCCCCUUCCGGACGGGUCAGUAUCUUCUCAGGAAACAGGAGCACCGUCGAGGAGAUCAUGGUACGGUAUGUGAAUCUACCCGAGCACGAACGAGGAAGGCUACAGAACCAAGAGUAUCUACAGAAGAUUUUGGGGAAGUUCAAAUCUGAAGCAGAUCAUAAUAGAUACCAGGAUCCUAACUGUUCAACAAGCACAGUGGAUUCUCAGGUUGAGGAACUUCAACAACAAUUUUUCAAAUGUAAGUGUGAACUCGACGAUAUGGAGAAGAAACUAAGGAUCUAUGAAGGAGAUGCUUCCUUAGUAACCACAAUGUGUGAACUCCAGUUUAGGGAACAAAUUCUUGAGGACAGACUUAAUCAGAUAAGAGCUCGCAAGCAUGUUCUGCAGGAGACAUUGAACUCCCCUGAUAUAAAGCCUUCACAGGUGAUGAAUUUGCAUUCAGAACCGACGGAUGUAAAUAUGUUGGCAGCAAGAAAUCAGGACACAGUUUUAGACUGGCUUCCACAGAGAGAUCCACAAAUCCAGAUUCUCAACUUCUUGGAUUCGAAUGGAUUGCUUCCAAUGAGAGAUCAACCUCAGUGUGAGGACAACAUCAUGGCACCAUCCCUUUCUCUAAUGAAUGCCCAAGCCCCGAGUGUCCACGUCCAACAGAAUAACUUGAGCCCAAACAUGAGCAUGGAAGAUAAUACGCAGAGGCCUGAAUUCGGGCAGGUGAUCGAUGUUAAUCUCUCCCUGUGGGAUGAGUUGUAUCCAACAGGGAGUGACCCAUUCCCCACGACACAACCGAGGGAACAACGAGGACUUCUUGAGCUGUUCAUGUCUCAGCUCAGCCCUGUGAAUAAUCAAGAUCAGAUCUGAGAUGUCUGCAUUUAUUGAACAGAUGUAGUUGAAUAAAAGGGUGUUUGUGACAUGGAAUAUAUGUUUCAACAAUACGACGAUAUUGCGUAGCAAUUUUAUGUUCUAAUUCAAUUAAGCUUCGAGCAUGCUCUUA